AUGGCCCGCCUGACGGAGAGCGAGGCGCGCCGGCAGCAGCAGCAGCUCCUGCAGCCGCGGCCCUCGCCCGUGGGCAGCAGCGGGCCCGAGCCCCCCGGGGGGCAGCCCGACGGCAUGAAGGACCUGGACGCCAUCAAGCUCUUCGUGGGCCAGAUCCCGCGCAACCUGGACGAGAAGGACCUCAAGCCGCUCUUCGAGCAGUUCGGCCGCAUCUACGAGCUCACGGUGCUCAAAGACCCCUACACCGGCAUGCACAAAGGUUGUGCCUUUCUCACCUACUGUGCCAGGGACUCCGCCAUCAAAGCCCAGACCGCCCUGCACGAACAGAAGACCUUGCCCGGGAUGGCGCGGCCGAUCCAGGUGAAGCCUGCGGACAGCGAAAGCCGCGGAGGUAGGGACCGGAAGCUGUUUGUGGGGAUGCUGAACAAGCAGCAGUCGGAGGAGGACGUGCUGCGGCUGUUCCAGCCCUUUGGGGUCAUCGACGAGUGCACCGUGCUCCGGGGGCCUGACGGCAGCAGCAAAGGCUGUGCCUUCGUGAAGUUCUCCUCGCACACGGAGGCUCAGGCGGCCAUCCACGCACUGCACGGCAGCCAGACCAUGCCGGGUGCCUCCUCCAGCCUGGUGGUCAAGUUUGCCGACACGGACAAAGAGCGAACUCUGCGACGCAUGCAGCAGAUGGUGGGCCAGCUGGGCAUCCUGACGCCGUCCCUCACCCUGCCCUUCAGCCCCUACAGUGCCUACGCCCAGGCUCUCAUGCAGCAGCAGACAACGGUCCUGUCCACCUCGGGCAGCUACCUGAGCCCCGGCGUGGCCUUCUCACCCUGCCACAUCCAGCAGAUCGGCGCCGUCAGCCUUAACGGGCUGCCCGCCACGCCCAUCGCCCCUGCCUCUGGACUGCACUCGCCCCCGCUGCUUGGCACUGCCACUGUGCCUGGCCUCGUGGCUCCCAUCACCAACGGCUUCGCGGGCGUCGUGCCCUUCCCUGGCGGGCACCCUGCCCUAGAAACCAUAUAUGCCAAUGGCCUUGUGCCCUACCCAGCUCAGAGCCCCACCGUGGCCGAGACCCUCCAUCCGGCGUUCACCGGAGUCCAGCAGUACACAGCCAUGUACCCCACUGCGGCCAUCACGCCCAUCGCGCACAGCGUCCCCCAGCCGCCGCCCCUCCUGCAGCAGCAGCAGCGAGAAGGUCCCGAAGGCUGUAACCUGUUUAUCUACCACCUCCCCCAGGAGUUUGGAGACACGGAGCUGACCCAGAUGUUCCUGCCCUUCGGCAAUAUCAUCUCCUCCAAGGUCUUUAUGGAUCGGGCCACCAACCAGAGCAAGUGUUUUGGCUUCGUGAGCUUUGACAACCCGGCCAGCGCGCAGACCGCCAUCCAGGCCAUGAACGGCUUUCAGAUCGGCAUGAAGAGGCUCAAAGUGCAGCUGAAGCGGCCCAAGGACCCGGGACACCCCUACUGACCCGCCCACA